CCUGGGGAUUGUUGUUACGAAGUGGAAGUGCCAGCCCUUCUUGCCGGCCGCCUACAAACAGGAGCAGGACUAAUUGCAAGAAAAAGGCGCGCCGUCCGGCCCUCGCGAAGCGGCACUUGGAGCCCAACGGAGUCUUUGACAGCGCAGUCCCGGAGUAGUAGGCGCGCGCCCGGCGAAGCCCAGGAAAACAUGGUUGCACGUAUGCAGUUAGCCUUGUUCCUUCUCGUAGCCUGCUGUAUCCAUGAAACUAGGCAGAAUGGUUUUGGUUGCCACCGGCUCAUCUUGUCAUCCCACCUUAAGAACCUGACUGAUCUGAUUGAUAGCCAGAUGAAAACUUCCUGUGUGCAGUCUUUUGAAUAUGUGGAUGAAAGUAAACUGGAUAAUACUGAAUGCUUUCUUAAAGCAGCCUAUUUUCCCCUGAAAGAUAUCAUUGAAAACAUUGAAUUCAAGGAAAACACUCCCAACUAUCUGAAACUCAGACUGAUAAAGGAUUUACACAUGGAGCUUGGAAAAUGCAUUAAACCUCACAGUGAUAAAAAUAAGAAGUGCAUCAAGACCUUCUCCCUGACUGCAGAGGAGACUUUGCAGCUGGUGCACAAAUACUUUAACCAAGCAAAGCAGUUUCUGCUGAAGCAAAGUUUCACACAUGAUUGCCGCAGUGUUUUCCAGAAGUGUUCAGAAUCAUGGGAAAAAGAGACUGUUUCUCCAGGUGUUGUUACCGCCCUGGAUUGCAAGUGUCCAUCUACAGGCCUGAUCAGUGUAGAAGGCUCGACAUAUCUCGUUCCAGCUUCUGAGUCUUUCUCUCCCAUUGCAGACCAGCUGGACAGCAGGAAGACAGCUGUCAGCAUUCUCCAGUUAUUAAGGCUUACUGAUGCUACUCAGAUUCAAAGUGGGUCAGAGAGCAAUACCAGGUCCAGGGUGCCUAGAAGCACGCAUAAAAACCAAGAGAUCACCAAAAGCAUGGAUUUCAGGGCUGGCAUUGAUGUCAUGUUACCAUCACCAUCAUCACCCUCUCUUUCUAUCCAGAAACAGUUGGAAUCCAUGGAGACCAGGUCUCCCUCCCUGGAUUCUAGAACUGGUGAAAGCCAGAAAAGAUCCAAUGAAUUAGCUUCUCAGCAUCCCCCUCUCUCUGACUUAGCCAAAUCCUUUCUCAAUGAGCAAUGGUUUGAGAUAAAAGAAAAAACUGAGGCCACUCCAGGACUCACAUCUGAUCAGGAUAUCACUGUUGCCAGCAGUGCAUUCAGCUUAACUCUGACAUCGUCUUCCAGUUUGGAUCAAGUAGACAGCUCUAGGGUGCCCUCCAGUGGCAGUCCCCAUGUCCUUGGCCACAAGGAUCCUGUCUCUGCAACACAAGAUCUUUCUGGACUGAUGGUCACCACAGAGAAUUCCUUAUCCCCCAAGCAGAUACCCCAUGAAAGCUACUCCUGGGGAAAGCAGAGUAGCAGAGAUAGAACCCCCAAAGCACUGCAAAACACCCAGCUGCGAGAGAGACGAGAAGAGGGUCUGGCCAAGGACAGGGACUUGGAGGACAGCCUGCCAGGACCCAGCUUUGAUCUGAACUUCAUUCCUCCGAACGCAGAGAAGCGCAUCAAGAAAUCAGAGCCCAGAAAUAUCCAAGGGACGUCUGUGACAUAUGUGGUGAUGCCCAGUGUCCUGGGAAUCCUGCUGGCACUGGGAGGCCUGCUGUUCUACUUGCAUAAAUCCAGGAUCCUAGGAAAGAGGCGGACACAGCAGAUGGGGAAUAAUGUAGAAAGAACAGAAGAACAGAGGUCACUGAAUGGAGGGGAGGGACACUUGGAAUUGCAGAUUCAAAGGGAACUAUGAGUUGCACCAUUCCCUCUAAGAUGAGAAACUGCCUGGGGUUUUGGACCAAAAGCCCCACUUUUAAAGUACAGUUCUCUUGCCAUUAUUGGGAGAAAUUGCAACAGAGGGAACUCUGGAACUGAAGCCAUGGCAGUACUUUCCCAUGAAGAGUAUUUUUUAUACUUUCUUUUUUUAAUGGGAAGGAAUUUAUCAGGAAAUGGACACUUAUUUAUUUCUGGUAGCCAAGGCUGGCAUUCAUUAUAGAAGUUGCCUUUUUUCUGCCACUCAGCCAACAGACUGGAGCUUGAGAAAAGGAAGAUGGUCACUUGGACUGCAAAAUCCCUUAUGUGAUGGAGAUGGUCUACAGUACUAAGAACUACUGUACCUAUUCCAUUCUGAAAAGGGAACGGAUGACAUCAUCUUCCAUUCUAUUAGAGGUGGAUUCUGCAGUUUGAACAGCCAUGCUAGGCAUGAAUGAAAAUUGCCUGCUUAAUUCUUUUAGAGCUUCCAACCCCUUGAACUGCAGAAGACUUCAGGACCUCAGCCUCAUGCCAGCUAUUAAUUUCUUCAGGCACUUUGUCCAUCUCUUAAGCUUUGUAGGUCAUAUAGUACAUCUCUAUGCACAACCCAUCCAGUUAGCACUCUACAUAAUUGCUCAGAGAAAGUUGCUAUCUACUUUUCCAGGAGCUUAUAGUUUUAUUCCCAGGAUCCAUUUUUAACACUAUCAUACAAAAUGGGAGCUGUUUUUAACCUUAAAUUUUAACUUAGUAAUAAAAUGGAUUUUUCUUAGAUUUUUAGCAUGGACCAAGGAAAAGUACUUCUUCGUACUACACAAGAUAAUGUGCUGGGUACUGGCUGGGAUGGCUUUAAAGUGGAGCUGUGGCUUUUCUCUAUGCAUUCAUCUGUUUUUAGCCAAUGAUAAAUGGAGGCUUCCUGUUCAGAGAUGAGUGUGCUUCUGAAUGCCAAUGGCUGGAUUGGUAUAAAGAAAAUGAAGGAGCAUUGUCAUGGCUGGCUUGUGGGGUUUCUUAACAACCUUCCAAUUAGAAGCUGUAGAAAGAAUCAGCUGGCCUUUUCUAAGCAGAAUUUAGCAAUGGAGUAUUUAUCUUUUUGAACCUUGCAUUGUAUCACUGGUACAACCGAUCAGCUGAUGUACCACUGAAACAUGACUCAAGUCAUAUUGAGAAUUAGCUGUAUUCCCCUUGUUUCCUCUGACAUUACAAGAAAUAUUACGGAAGACUUACCUUGUAAACUGGGACACUGAUAAGAGAUGCCCAGGAUCCAUUUUUCCCCUUCAGUGGUUUCAAGUGUACAGUAACUAGAACCAUGUUUGAAAUGCUGCUGUGCUGAGCUGCGGUUUAGAUUUUUUUUAUCUUCUAGACCUCACCACCACCACAAAGAAAGUCUGCAGCAGAACAAACGUGUGGCCAUGCAGAAGUCCAAGUAUGGGCAUGCUCUUAGAACUGCUGAAGUCAUGUGCCUUUGGGGCAUAGGUCUUUGUUUUCUUCCAUCAGGACAAGGUGUCAAUAUACCCCUUCCUUGCAAUUCUUAAUUUUUCAAACCUACUUUUUACUUCAAUAGGUUUGUGUCCCCGUAUUAUUUUGCCAAGCAAAUGCAAAGUAAGAGAGUGCUUGCAUGGAAGGCAUGGAGUAAGGCUGAGGGUCUGUAACCCCUCCUGUGCUUGCUGAUUCUUUCCUGCAGGUAUUUUGCCAGGCUGUAUUCCUCAGUUUUAGAACUUGGCUGCAGAAACAAAGUCAAAUUCCUUCUUGUAAAUGUUUCCCUAGUCUUUAAAGGAGGCAGCAUGGUUUCCUAUCCAUUGUCUGUACCCUGCAAAGGCUAGACAUUUUCUUUAAUAGGGCAAGAAAAUCAUGAGGUUGGGAGCCUUGUGUUUGUCUUGAAGUAAGUAGCUCUGCCUCUUAAAAGCUUUAGAACCAGGAGCUCAGAGAUAAGAUUUUGCCCAGGAUGUAGACCACCUCAUUCUUUUUCCAUGUUGUAGUGGAGAGUUGAGCUAUAACAAGCAAAUGGGGGCUGCCUCUACAGCCAUAUUUGAAGUGAAGCAAAGCAUUGCACUUUUUAUACUUAAUUCUUUUUUCUGUUCAUUUUUGAGAACAUUCCAGCUGUCCAAGGAAUGUGUCUGGUUGAGGAUCCAGAUAGUCAUUCUGGCCUCAUGCUUCAUUUCAACCCAUCUGCUUUUCUUUUUUCUGUACCUGACAUUUUGCCCUUCCCUGUUUCAGCAAGGCAGGUGAUGGUUCUGAGCUGGUCUCUGGGUGAUGCUGCUGCCUUUGCUCUUUGAAAGUUAAUGAACCAGAUCAAUUUUGAGAACCUUUUUUUUUCUUUUUAAACGGGAGGAUGUGGAUGUAACAAAUCAGGCUCUGGGAGGAAUGAUUGCUAAACCAUGCAUCAUAAAUUGCUUUAUUAAUGUGAGCAGGCCUCAGUUUCCAUAGCUGUCCUCUUCAGUGUGCCAGUGAAUGAUUUUCUGCCAUAUAGUGUGGGUGCAAUAUCCUGAGCCAUGGGGUAUGUGGCCCUCAGUUUAAGGAAUUGGUGUAGCUAAUCAAAUGUUGGUUUAGCUAAUCCACUAAUCUCUACCCAAGUAGUCGAUCCUGUCUGUUGAAAGAAGUUGUUGUAAGAAGGGGGCUUGAUGAAACAUCGAUUGCUGUUUUUUUUUUCUUUCCCCAGACUGUUUUGCUGCUUAAACUCAUAGAGAAUUACAUUGCAAAAGGCUGGCAAGCUCCCUUUUAUUGUAUUGCACAGGGCUUACGGGGUUUUGAGGUUUAAGCAUUAGCAGGGGCUUUGUAUAGGUCAAUGAGCCAUAGGACAGGAUUAACUCUGGCUUGUUUCUGAGGAAGAUCAGUCCCCCUUUCUCUCACCUUUGGGCCAGGUUUAUCAUUGUGCUUGGAUGCAGCAGUUGAAUUGCUCCAUCUUAAGCACUUACUUGCUUAAGUCAGAUCCUAAGAACCACAUUUCCGUGUCUUUUUUAAAGAUGCUUUUUAAGAGAGUUACAAUUCUGGUUCAAACUGUGUUCUUUUUAAUAUAUAUAUAUAUAUAUAUAUAUAUUACAAGCAAAUAUUUUAUAUAAUUUUUUAAUGUCAAAUGUUUAUUUAAAAAUAGAAAAGGAUGUAUUUAAUAAACACUUUUAAAAGCUC